GUCAGACGGACGCACGAGGCCAGAGCGCGAGGACCUCCGUCGCCUUCGGAAAUAGUACAAAAUGAGCAGUGAAGAUCCAACCCUAGAGAGACAUUUCCGAGGCCACAGGGAUGUCGUCACGGCUCUCGACUUCAGCCCAAACGGCAAGCAGCUGGUUUCCUCUUCCCUGGACCACACAGUCAUGGUCUGGAACUUCAAGCAGCAAAUUCGAGCGUACAGAUUUGUUGGUCACUCUGACUCUGUCUACGAUGUCUGCUUUUCACCAAGCGGAAACUUAAUGGCCUCAGCCUCACGAGAUCGAACUGUGAGGCUUUGGGUCACAAACAUUAGAGGUGACUCGACGGAGUUCCGUGCACACCAUGCAAGUGUAAGGUCUGUCAGUUUCUCCCCUGAUGGCCAGCGAUUGGUGACAGGCUCAGAUGACAAAACCAUCAAGAUUUGGAAAGUCCACAACCACAAGUUUGAGUGCUCGUUGCCAACUCACACAAACUGGGUGCGCUGUGUGCGGUUCUCUCCUGAUGGUCGAAUGCUUGUGUCUUGUGCAGAUGAUAAGACUGUCAAGCUUCACGAUGUCCAGUCAGCAAGCACACUUCACACUUUCCCUGAGCUCAAAGGCUCAACAACACGUGUUGCUUUCCAUCCCUCGGGAACUUGCAUUGCAACUGCUGGUUCAGACAGCUCAGUGAGAAUUUAUGACAUCCGUACAAGAAAACUGUUGCAGCAUUAUGUUGCCCACUCUGGUCCGGUCCAUGAUCUCUCAUUCCAUCCAUCUGGACACCUCCUCCUAACAAGCUCUGCAGAUGGUACUUUGAAGCUGCUUGACCUGCUUGAAGGACGGCCCAUCUAUACCCUCCACGGACACCAAGGCCCCGUCACCUGCUGCGGCUUUGCUAGCAAUGGAGAGUAUUUUGCUUCUGGUGGAAAUGACAAGCAGGUGAUGGUAUGGAAGACCAACUUCGAGCCUGUGGAUCAGUGCGAGAGCCUGGAUGUGACGCAGGAUGUGUCUCAUAGGCAGCCCUUGGACGUGACAGUCUCAGUGCCCGAUGAUUCGUCAGAAGAGGAGGAGGAAGUUACCACAGUUGAGAGUCGUGCUGGAGUGCAAGGGAGAUCACAUAGCAGCGAUGUUAAUGGGAACCAGAAAAGUGGAGGAGGCAGCCAAGAGGACAAUACAGCCACCUUGCAGCAGAUGCAGAGCUCUCUCCAGCACAUCAUCACCCAGCUUGACACCCUAACCCAAACUGUUGUCAUCCUUGAGCAAAGGUUGUCACUAGCUGAGAACAAGAUAUCCGAUCUUGCCAACAAC